CACACCCAGACCAAAGAGAUGCAAAGCUCACUAGGGAUCGUGCAGGGGAAAGUGAGGCUCUGGAAGGCCCAGUACGAAGGGGCGAAGGAGGAACUUCAGAGUAUGGGAAUCUCGCUGAAGAAGCUGAGAAGGCAGUGUGAGGUGCUCUCUCGUGAGAAGGAGAACUUCCAAGAAGAAAACUUUAAGCUCAAGAGGAAGAUUCAGACAUUGGCUAAGAGAAACAGAAAGCUUCUUAAAGAGAAUGAGAAAGACAAGGCUUGGCGCAAGUAAGGGGUGUGGGCUGACCUGUCAACAAAACGAUCCUGCUUUCUUGUCCAUGCCUAGGCCUCAAGAUACUUACUGGGCAGAGAGUCCCUUGGUGCAGUGGUGUCCCAAGGGAAGGGGAUACACCAUCUUCCCAUUGCAUCCUCCUCUCGUUUUCCCUGGAAUGGUUCUAGAUUUCUGCAAGUAGGGGUGGUUGGCUUUUCAAAGAUACUGCCCACUGCCAGAUGGUUCUUAAUCUGCCUUUGGAAUUCAGUUCAGUUUAAAAAAUAGGAUGGCAGUAAAGAGUGGUGCCUAGGGAAGGAAUUCAGAUCACAGGCUGAGGCCUUUCUGUGUGUUUUCCCUUAAUGAGCUGGAGAGAGGGUUGUGGGUGCACCGUGGUUUUCCUCCCUCUGUGGACAAGACACAUUCCUGGCUUUGGCAUACUUGCUGUGAGGUGCACAGAACCAGUUACCUGGUGGCCAGAAACUAGUUGGCGUGAUGGGAAGUGAGCAGAGCUGUGUGCGCAGCAGACAGAUGUUGAGGAUCUUCAAAGAGGCCGAGAAGGAAGCGUGGUGGUGGGAUUUUGGGUGCUGCUGCUGACCCGGAUGGGGACAGGUCUAGCCAGUGGGGGGACCUGAGGUAGAGCACGGGUAGUCUGGGUGCAGGGAAGG